AUGGCCAAAGUCGCGAACGAUUUCGAGAAGAUCAUUAAGGAGGGGCGCGAGCGCAAACAGAACGAGGCUCUGGCCGCAAAGAUCUUCAGCAAGGACCGCCGCGCCAGCGCACCCCUCAAGGCCUCGGGCACAGGCCCGUCGCUCGCAAGCCGCGUGGGUGUGAAGAAGCGAUCCUCACUCGGACCCCGAGCCCAGACUACCGCCCCGGCCGGCAACAUCAACGGCGAGUGGACGCACGACCUGCACAACGCGACGCUGCCCAGGCCCAAGGCGGCCAACACGAAGCCCAACUCGCUCGCCAGCCGCCUCCACGCGCCCGGCACGAAGCCGCCCGCCCAGCAGCAGCAGGCCCGGCAACAGCGGCGCGCCGCGCAGACGGCCCAGGCUCUGAUAAAGGCGGAGCUGGACCCGGUGUUUGCAGCGCAGCAGGUGAACGUGGUCAAGGGCGGGGCCGGCAACGCCGCCAACAGCGGUAGCAGCAAGAGCGUGUGGAAGGGCCAGGGCAUGACGAUCCGGGGGCUGGCGGGCCCGUUCGUGGUGAUGGCGCAGAACUUCGCGCCGGGCACCACCGCCGCGGACAUUGAGAGCGCCAUGACGCCCGUGGGCGGGCUGGUCAGCAGCUGCAGGCUGCUUAAGACGCAGCCCAUCGUCAUUGCCGAGAUUGUGUUUGAGAGCAAGGAGGGCGCGGAGAACGUCAUCGAGACGUUCAACAACCAGACGGUGAGUGAGAGACGCGAUCUGUCUUGCUCGGCGAUGAGAGAGCAGGCGAUGCAGAGAGGACGGCGCGCGCUGACAUGA